AUGUCUCGCACUCCCUCGACGGCCACGCCGACCUGGCAUCAGUUCGAGCGAAAGGUCGACGAGGUCAAGCCCUCCAAAACUGAUAUCAACCACUUGGUUAUGGACUACCUCAUUACCAACGGAUACCCCGCUGCAGCCAAGAAAUUUGCGGUAGAGGCCAACAUCCAGAUCCGGACCGACCUCGACACCAUUCAGGAACGAGUCGGGAUUCGAACUGCGAUUCAUUCGGGGAACAUCCAACUGGGAAUUGAGAAGAUCAAUGAGUUGAAUCCUCAGGUUCUAGAUGAGAAUCCUUCUCUUCAUUUCGCUCUGCUGCGUCUGCAGCUCAUUGAACUAAUCCGCACGUGCACCUCUACACCGGACGGAGACAUCAGUCCAGCUCUAGAAUUUGCAACUGCCCAACUAGCACCGCGAGCCCCCACCAACCCCCAGUUCCUGGAGGACCUUGAGCGAACCCUGGCGCUUCUCAUCUUUCCCAGUGAUAAUCUCUCCCCUUCCCUUGCCUCCCUCUUAGACCCCAGCCUUCGUAAAGACAUCGCAGCGCAAGUCAACGAAGCCAUCCUCCAAAGCCAAGGAGCCCGCAAGGAAGCCUGCCUGCGCAACCUUGCCAAGGCCCGUGAAGCCAAGAAGGAUAUUCCGGAGAAGCUAGACAUCGGUCUCAUCGGUACCAAUCAUGAUAGCAGCGAUGACCGCCCGAACACUAAUGAUACCCGUCGGCGCCCUAGUCACAAUGGUACGGGUGAUAGUGUCAUGGCUAACAAUGGAGAUUUGGAUCCCAUGGUCGCUUGA